UGGCGGCCACCACAUCCGCCGCCAUGGCGGCUUCGAACGAAACCCUGCUCUACCGAAACCCCCUGAACUCGACCUCAGAUGUCGCGAGCUGGGUGGCCGAGGGCCCCGUCAACGUCACAGCCGUCGACGGCGCGCUGGAACUGUCUGGAGGAGGCAACAUCGACGACUACUUCGUCUUCUGGGCCCCCGAGGUCUUCCCAGACCGCAUCCGGAUCACCUGGGAGUUCUCGGCCCGCCAGGAGCCGGGCCUGGCCAUGUUCUUCUUCGGCGCCGAGUCCGUCGCCGGCGGCAGCAUCUUCGACCCAGGCCUGGCCCCACGCAACGGCUCCUACCCGCAGUACCACUCAGGCGACAUCCGCGUGCUGCACGCGUCGUACUUUCGUCGGCGCUGGCCUGAAGAGCGCGCGUUCCUCCUCGCCAACCUGCGCAAGUCGCCCGGUUUCAACCUCGUCGCCCAGGGUGCGGACCCGCUACCGCCCGUCGCGGAUGCUGCCGGUGCUUUCUACCGAAUCACCGUCAUCAAGGACCAGCGUGACGUACGGUUCUUGAUCAACGACUUGCCUGUCUUUUCAUUCCAAGAUGACGAGUCCACUGGUCCGGUCAUAGGUGGUGGUCGCAUUGGAUUUCGUGGUAUGGCGCCGCUGGUUGCCCGAUAUCGCAACCUCGAGGUCUGGAAGCUGUAA